CAGUGGUAGUCUGACAGUCGCGCCGUCGCUCGACCGCACGCCCCACGCAAGUCCAGUCUCGCAGUCGCAGUACAGACAGCAAAAAAGUGAUAACCGGUGACCGGCAGAUACUGAAUGCUUCGAGCCGAGCCAACCCGAUCAGUCGGUAUUUUUAGUGUUGCGAGUUGCGACUGGUUUUCUAGUGCUCCGCCGCGAAAGUUUUCGCUGUGUCUAGUGGCCCGGUGUGACGAUUUGGAAUUUUAAUUGAUAUUCGACUUGAUUGUCUUAGUGAUGAAAUGGCGCAGUACCGGCGUUGGUGUUUAAUCAUCAUCACAGCCCUAGGAUUGUUAUCAUGCAAUGGCGAAGUCAGAGAGCCAGAAUCAAGCACGCUACCCAGCCUAAUGCGGGAAGUGGAAGACAACAGCCGGUACAAAACCCUGGAGGCUAAUGCUACCUUGCUGAAGCUUCUGGUCGACAACAAGGAUGGAGUCAGCAAGUCUGAAGUAUUUGACAUGCUGCACUCGCGGGACGAUGAUCAGAGUCAUGUGGAUCUGCCAGUGUUCCCGGAGGACGCUGAGGAUUCCAGAGUGGAUGUUGUGAGCAGCCCAAGUGCACCCGACUCCCAGGUGGAAACGUUGCAAGCUCAAACCGCGACAGUCCGCAAAGACUCGAUGCGCGCCAGAUUCACCAGCGGUCGCGGGGAGCCCGUGGGGACCGCGGCCGGGAUCAUGGUCGUCAUCACGUGCACCAUCGUCUGUCUCGGCUACAUCGCUGUCGUCGUCUGGAGGAGAAUAUACCUAAAACGAAAUGGCCUGAAACACGAGUUACUAAGAAACGAAGAGAACAUUGCCGAAACUAGAAUAGAAGUGAGUAAUCUCUGAAAUGCUCAUUCACACUUUGAAAACGGAGCGGAUUCCAACUCCUAUCUGUUGGAUAGUGCUGCGUGGCUCAACAUUUGAGCGACUAUUACAACUAAGACUGAGUUAGUUCUAGAUUUAUUCAUUAGCCGUUAUCUUGCGACCCAUACUAAUUAAUGGGGCAUGUCAAUGGCUGCUUUGCUAUCGAAUUUUUGCCAAUGUUUAAAUGUACCUAUACGUAGGUCAGUAUUUAUACAUUACAGCGACGGACAAGCAACUUCAGGCAGUCACUUAAUAUAAAUCUCAAUAAUAACAUUAGGAAAUAGCAGAGGUCGCAUAGAUAAGAUUGUAAAUUAUUUCACACUGAAAGUACGCAGUACAGCCCUACCUUACAGCCAUCUGGCUAAAGACGCCUUCGAUUCUUUUGCGAAUUGACUGUCUCUAUGGAUAAAGUAUAAGUAUAUAUGUAUAAAUAUAAUAAUAAUAAUAAUAAACGUUUAUUAUCUCUUCCACAAAGUGAUCCUUAUAGCUAAUAGGGUGUACAUUUAGUUUUGCGUUUGUGGACGUGGUCAACUUUGUUAAAUAUCAUUCAAUUCAGAAAAUAGUUCUGAACAUAUUAAAAUUCGGCAAUAAAAUAAAGAUUCGAUUGAAAACAUAGUAUUAAUAUAAAAACUCAGAGAUAUUAAAAUAAGUUACGUUAUAAAAUUUAAACGACGAUCGUAGUGUAUUCUCAAUUAGGAUCAAAUUCAAAAGUUUGCUUAGACAUCAGGGUAUUCUUGACAAACGAAAGAAAAAAAAAAGUUUCGAACGGCUGCCUGCCAAUAGCCGCCUUGGUAAUUUUGACGCACAAUAG